UGUUUCACUUAAGUUUCAACAAGCAAAACAAGUAAAACAAUCACGUUUGUAUUGUUUUUCUUGUGUUAUUUCAUAAAAGUUCUAAAUUAAAACUAUAUUUAUAAUAUGGCGCAAGCAGAAGAUACUGAACUUCGUGAUUUAGUAAUAGAAGCUUUAGAGAGGAACGGUUCGCUAGCCAAAAUACGUGCGUUGCUAAGGGCUAAUAUUUUUUUAGCUUUUGAAGAUGAAUAUGAAAAUUUGAAACAAAAUGUGGCUUUGGAUAAUAUACUUAAAGUUCCCGAAGGUCUUUUGGCUCUAUCAGUGGUUCAUGAGUUUUUGGAAUUUUGUUGUCUGAAAAACACAUUAUUCGUUUACAAGCCAGAGUCCCGGCAGGGCACCGAAUACAAAUAUGAAGGAAGGAAAAAGUUAGUCGAGAAGAUGAACCUACCCAAAUAUGACACGAAAGAGCCCAUUCUUCUCACACUUGUUAAUAACAUGGUUAAGUCCCAGAAGAAAUAUUUUGAUUCAGAUGCCAACUCUAAUUACAACAACAAUAGAGAGGAACAAAAUUGCACUUAUAUUCUCCAUGAAGAUUCACAGAGUAGUACUACAAGUAAUUCUCAAUCAGAUAAUUCAUCAGAUGAAAAGAACAAACUGCACCUGCGGCUACAGCUUGAUAACUCGGACACAGACACCUCCAGUGACUCUGCCAGGGACAAGACUAGUUCAGAAUAUGUGCCAGGGGACCAUAUACUGCGGACAGAAGACAAUGGUUCUAAUUAUAUAACACAGAAAUCAAGUGAUUGUGUAGAUGCUAGAGAUGACAAGUUAAUAACUUUUUCUAGACCUAGAAAUGAAACUUCUUUGUUAAUGAGUGAAUUAAAAUUGGCUACUAACAGUAGCAGUGACUCUACCUCAUAUCUGGAAUUAAAACCAUUUAAUUCUUUAGAUGAAAAAAUGAUUAAUACAGCUGGUUUGCCAGUUGUAGAAACAGAAAGCAGCCCAAACUUUUUAUCUAAUGUACAAAGUGACUUGGUAAAUACAAAACCUGGUACAUUAAGUAGUAGUGCCUCACCAAUGACUAAUAAACUAGAAAACAACAACAAAGUUUCAGAAGGCAGUGAGAAAAAAUCACAAGAUUCUGGCAAGUCAGAUGCGGACACAGCUGAGUUUAGUUACGGGGAUGAUUUCUCAUCAUCACCAGUUUCCAAGCUUAAAGAAAAUAUUGAAAAGCAGACAAAGUCUUCUGCAUCAACUCAAGAUGAAUUAGAAAAAAGUAAUAAAAAUGUCUCAAUAGAAAGUCCACAUCAAACUUCUCAGAGUUCGCAAAGUUCUGUCUCACUGUCUGAUGUAGCAGAUUUAAUAAGUGAAAAAAGUUCCUUGAGCAUUUCUCAUAAUAAAUCUAAGGUUUCUGGUAAUAAUCAUUCGAAGGGAAUGUCCGAUCAGAAGCAAAGUAAAGUACUAAGUGAUGACUCCGGUGACUUUACAGAAUCUCCUGUUCCUUCUUUAUCAAAUUUAAGUCUUGAUAUUCACAGUGAUUGAUGUUUACACUUAUUUAAUCAUUAGUAAUUCUCCAUGUGUUUAUAAAUAAUUUUACUUAAUAAUUUAUAGCAAUAAUAUUUAUUAUGCAAUACAAAGUAAGUUCCUUGAAUGACAGAGACUUUAUUGUAGGAUCUUUGUGAAAAAUUCUUAUUUAUUGAUAAUACAAACCUCAUUUGCAUUUAACCUGAUGUAUUACUAGUAUA